AUAAUUUUUCCCGGGCCGCAUGAUGGAACAAAAGUACUACCGAUCGAGUCUCGUGUCGCGUUUUCCAUACGGCGCGACCAGCGCGACCUCGCGCGACAACUCGAGUUUCCCUCGCGCGCUGCUAGGCGGCGGUAAACGCGGAGGACGCCCGAGGGAAAGAUGGCAAGCAAGAACGAGGGUGUCGCGUGUUAAAUAACGACGAGACGCGCUACGUAGCGCUACGACGAACUUUACGCCGGCGAGGACGGUGGUGCGGGCACGGUCUCCCGGCGACGGUGCCGAGUCGCACGCGCUCGUGCUCCAGGUGCUCGCGAUUCCGCCGGUUUUCGCCGCCUCCUCUCUUUCUCUCUCUCUCUCUCUCUCUCUCUCCACGCCAGGUCAGAGCGGUACGCGCGCCGCGCCGGUUGACGAUGUGAGCGCGCGAGCGUAUACACACGCGGAACGCGAAGCAGCGGUGGUGCGGUGAGGUCGGUCGGGCGGGGGCGGAGGGGAGAAAGGGCGCUCCAGCUCGGCAAACGGAACAGCCGGCGGUAGAGCGAGGUAAUCCUUCUCUCUCUGUCUCUGUUCCUCCUCGGCCCCGACGACGAGGCCGACGACGACGACCAUCAUGUCAAACAUGCGGCGACGAAUUUCGCGCGCCAGCAACGACGCGACGACAGCGGCGGCGGCGACGAGGAAGUCGAAGGAGACGACGACGACGAAGAAUCGACGACGGCGCAACGCGGCCGUGCUCCUCUGCCAGUGAAACAAUCACACAUACACGCACACACACACACACGCACACACACACAUACAUACACACACACAUCAUACACGUACACGCACGCACGCACGCACGCACGCAGCACGCACGCACGCACCGGUACGCGGUUGCCGAUGAGCGUGGAUAUAUGGCGGCGCGAGUACUCUUGCUGAGCGUCUUGAUCACGGAAGUACUGAAGCCAGCUUGCGCCGCAGGAAUUGGAGGAAAUAUCAGUGGUAGGAACGUGUCCAAGGUGGACAGUUCCGACAUUGGUUUGACUAAAGGAUCUAGAUUAACAUUGGAAAUUCAACCUAGUGGCCAUGUGAUACUAGGAAAAAAGGGGAUCACGCUCAGUUGUAUAACUGGCUUGAAUGAGAAUGUGACUUGGUUGCACAAUGGAAUACCAGCACCUCCGUGUGGUCUUACUCGCUGUGUUCUUCUUUCCAAUGGUUCUCUUCACUUUUACAAGAAACAAAAUUUACAAAUGCAAAAGUUCAAAGACAAGGAAAGGAAUAAUAUUGUUAAUGCUAGAAAUCAUAAUAGAGAUGAAUAUCGCUGUGUAGCACGUACUAGUUUAGGAGGGUUGAUACAGUCAGCUCCUACUAUUAUUCAAAUAGCAGAACUUGCCCAUGUAUUUAAAGAAACUUCAGAAAAUAUUACUGUUCAAGAAGGCGAAGUUGCAAGAUUGUCUUGCUUAAUCGAUAGUGUUCCUUUCCCACCCAAUAUUACGUGGCAGCAUAAUGAAACAUUGUUAUCCUAUCAUAAUGAAUCAAAGUAUUCUGUGGUACCACCAGGUGUUCUGUAUAUAAGUGCAACGAAACUGUCAGAUGCUGGCUCAUAUAGAUGCAUAGUCACUAAUGAAUUUCUAAAGAAGACCAAAAGGAGCAAAGAAACAAAAUUAACGGUUGUCGCGAGAGCAGAGAGUAACAAAACGCAUACGCCAUCGUCCUUGUUUCCACAGGUUUCGUAUGAUCAUUGGUUGCUUAACGGAUCGAAUCUUAAUGUGGCAUGUGCUGCAUCCGGUUAUCCAUUACCACUGGUAACAUGGUCAUUUAUUCCUCGUUAUAUAGAUAAUGUUACAAAACCUCGCAUCCUUCUUAAUUCCACCACUGGCAUUAGUUUACUGUCAUUAACAAAGGUGAAUGUUUCCAAUGCUGGAAUUUACCUGUGUUCAUCAAUGAAUCCUAUCACCAAUGACUCGGAAGUACAGAAUAUAACUGUAGAUGUAUUAAUACCACCGUCAUUUAUAAAAACGCCGACAAACCAAAUCUGUCCAAAUGGGAGAACGGCAAGAUUCGAGUGUCAGGCGCAAGGAUUACCUGUACCUAAAAUUUAUUGGCUAAAAGAUUCAUUGAAUCUUACAAUCAAUGGUCGCAGAACAACUUACAUUAAGGAAUACAAUAAAAUAGAAUUAGCAAUAUCAGCAACAGUGCCGUCUGACUCUGGCAUGUACCAAUGUGUGGCGGUGAAUGCAGUGGGUGAAAUUUGGGCUGCUGGUCGGCUUCAAGUAAAUACAUCGCGCAAUAGUCCUGCUACACCCACGUCUCUAAAGUGUCACGCUGUUUCACCAGUUAAAAUCUUAAUUUCGUGGGAACCACCAAAGUCUGUAUCACAUACCAGUAUUACAGCUUAUACCGUCCAUUAUAGUCCUGUAGAAGGUGGUAAAGAGGAAGUUUCACCGCCAGAACCAGGGAAUUCUACAUCUGUAGAAGUAACAAAACUUCUUGAACCAUUUACGAAUUACUCGUUUUACAUACGAGUGUGGAAUAAUUAUGGUGCUAGCGAUCAAUCUGCUACCAUUGUGUGUUCCACUGCUCCAAGUGUUCCUAAAAGCACACCAAAAAUGAAUGUGGAUAUAAUUAGUAGUACAAAACUAAAUGUAUCGUGGGAGCCUUUGAGUAAAAAGGAAUCUCGCGGCGUUGUGGUGGAAUAUAAGCUAUUGUGGAAACUUCAUCAGAGUUCAUCCUCCAGAUGGGUACAUUAUCUACCUGCCACCGUUCAAUACUACAUACUUUCCGGUCUGGAACCUGGAGCACGAUAUGAUCUUCGAGUAUUGGCAAGGACAAAACAGGGCGAGCCAAAUAUUAGCGAGGCACAAUUGGAUUGGAUCACCGUAACUAUGCCAACUUCUGAAUCCAAUCAAUUUACUAUAAGAAAUGUUGUGGAUAUUCAAGUGUUAAUUGUAAAUGCUUCAAUAAUCAAGAUGAAAUGGAAGAUUAAUUUUAAACACAGUGAUCAAAUUGAAUCAAAGUUCGACUCCUGGCAAAUUUAUUGCGAAAAUCAAAAUGGCGAGAGAUUAAAGAAUAUUCAUUUACCACAAAACAUUACUGAAUAUUUAUUUACUGAUCUUGAUGCGAACGUUUCUUAUACUAUGCGUCUAUGCAUGGUAAGUUCCGGUGAAGCAACAGGUUGCCUGACGAAACAUGUAGAGACCAUAAAAUCUAAUCCUAAUGCUGUGCCAAUGGAAUUGGAGGCCAUUCCUAUCUCGCCUACAUCCAUUAACGUGUCAUGGACACUGUCCGAUGUGCACGAUGUAAAUUCGUUCGAAUUUUGUUAUCAUGCAGUGCAUGUGCAAAAUUCUAACAAUUCUAAAUGUUCUAUCGUAAACGGUACAAAAAUAAGUGUUGAUGAGUUAAAACCUUUUACUUUAUAUGAGUUUAAAGUAAAAGCCAUUAGGCACGACACAAAUCAGACAAGCUUCUUUAGUAAAUCUAUAGAAUGCUACACAAACGAAGAUGUUCCUAGUAAAGUCGAAGGGCUACAAUGGUUCUUGGAAAACAAUACGAAAGUACGUAUUACAUGGGAAGAACCGAGUAACAUAAACGGCGUUAUACAAAAUUAUGUUGUCGCGUAUACCGUGGACUUAACAACAACAUGGAACAAUGUGACAGUGCCAGGUAACAAAAGGACCACAAAUCUACCAGGUUUAGCACCGGGGAAACGAUAUUUCGUUAUGGUGCGAGCAGCGACGAAGGCCGGUUAUGGAAAACCGUCGAACCCUAUUAUUAUUUUUACUGGUGGUAUUACUCGUAACAGUAGUAAUGGCAGUGGUAAUAGCGGUGGUGGUGGUGGUGGUGGUGGAGGAUCGUCGAAAGUACCUGCCCCAUCGGGCAAUGAGAAAAACUCUAAGCCCGAUCAGAGUCUAGGUGUGAUUCUCGGGGUGAACAUAAGCGUCGGAUUUAUCAUGAUAUGCUUAUGCAGCAUAUAUUGCCGGAAGAAGUUUGAGAAUUCUCGUCUGAGAAACGAUACCCAGCCUACGAACGGGUGUAUAUUAUCACGAAAUGGACGCAAUGGAUGUUGCGCGGAGCAGUCCUCUACGUCCGCGGGUCAACAAGCGAAUGCCACUGGUUCCCCGAAUGAGAUUGAAUUGGCAGUGCUGUGUCCAUCGUCACCAGUCGAAACAAAUCCGCAUUCAGACGCGAAGGGCGCACAAUCUAACGGGGUUUUUGAAAUUUGCGCGAAAGAACCCUUAUUGUCGCCGUGGGAGGUCAAUGGAGGCUCGAAGGAUGUUCACAUUAUGGAGAAUCCUCAGUACAAAAGAAGAAGUAGUUCCGCCUCAAAUAAUCAACAAGAGGAAGAAGAAGAAGAAGGAGAGGAAGAAGAACAAGAUCUAGAAGGCACGCAGCUCACAAUGGUCAAUUGUACUUUAGGCAGUAGUGCUAGCAGUUUAAAUAACAAUUCAGGAUGUGCGGACGGUGAAACUUCAUCGUUGCCGAAAACCGUAUGUGCAUCUGUUCCAGCGCUCGGACCAAACGGGUGAAAGUGCGUUAGGCAAUACGCUAAAGUGUUCAAUGCUUCUCAGCGGUAUCAAGGUACAACAGGUAGGAGUACAUGAAUUCUCCUAUUUCCUCCUUCCUUACGAUCGAUACGCCGUCGUCGAUCGUAGCCACGUUCCGAAUCAACGCGCGAAAAAAAAAAGAAAUAAUAAUGUCCAGCCCCGAGAAAACGAAAGCAAUGCAAAAUUGCAACAGCCUCGCAAAGCAGGAGUAUCGUCUGGUACAUGAUCGAUGUAAAUAAUAAUGUUUUGGAAGAAAUCAUAGCAUUAAUCACCACGUGUAAAUACGAGCUAAAUACGUUUAUCGCGCGGAGAACAAAGCUCGUCUGCAUCUCAGCGAAAGCAACAUAAAUUCUAAAAAUUUAUUGCAUUCUUUGUAUGGUGCACCUGUAAUAUUACAAUGCAGUGAUAGCAUAGACGAUACUUGAAGUGUUUGCCAGACUCGUGUGUAUAUAUACAGAAUGAUUCAAAAUAUUUUUUGAGGAAAAAAUUAGGCAUUUUUGCACAAAGAAUCAAUAUAUUAAGUAUAGUUAUAUAUAAAAAUUUUUGAUAUUAAAAUUUUAUAAAAAGAUAUUCACUAUCACAGCAUAUUGUUAGCGAAAUUAUUUUGAUAUUCAGUUCCUGAUUGAGACUAUUUAGACUAUUUGUAACUUUUCUGAACUAGCUUCAAGAGUAUUUUAUUACUCUUUGUUGAUCCUCAAACGUAUCGAAUUAUUCUGUAUAUAUACAAAUUAAGUAAACAGUCGACGUGCCGAAAAUUGAAAGAUGCGCGAACUAAAAUGAACUAAAAUAAAAAAACAAAUUUCUGAUGCCUCUGUACAUAGGAUAGAAUAAUUGUUGAUUAUGAAUAUGUCCAUAAAAUAUCACACUUUGAAUACGGCAAAAAGACAUGCGGGCAUGCAUUUCUUCGCGUUUGGGGAUACAAAAUUGCUAAAUAUCCGGGCACUGCAUGGCCUAAAGAUUUUUGAAGUUUCUGAAGUUUUCGGGCUGAUUGUUUAAAAUGGAGCAGAAACACUGAUCAUUCCAAAAUAAGUUUUCCAUUGAUAUUUAAUUAUAAACAAAGGAAGAACGUUUAGUAUUAGGAAAACAGGGAUAGGCUCUAACCAGAUGCUACGCGUUUUUAGAGAUGUUAAGAAAAUUUUUUAUUUCAUAUUUUUUUCUUUCUCUUCUAUUUUCUUUUUUAUAUUUUAACGUACCGUAUGUGUGUCAUUAAGAUAUCAAAAACAUUAAUUUCUCUAAGGAAUCAAAGUAAUUUUUUUCCAUUUGGAGCUAGUGUGCAUGACAAAUUAAGGAUUUGUUGAAUAGCUUUUAAAAUAUUUGAUGUAAGUUUUACAUUAGUUUAAAGUCAACUAUUGAUAUAUCAUACUUUAAAUUUAAAAAGAAAUCCUAUGAAUGGGAAGGAAUAAUUCAGAAAGAUACAAUUGUGCUCAGAAUAUUGGGAUUCAAUGAACAACAUAUAAUGGGCCACCUUGUUUUCUCUUACAAUUGUUUACUUCUAUAAGAGACCUUAAAGACUGCUGUAUUAAUAGGCGAUAUUUUUAUAAUUAACAGAUAACUUUGUCGAAGAAUGUUUACGUGAAAAAGACUGCGUAAUAUGUUAUUACGUAAGAAUUUUACAUAUUUCUCGGAUUUCUUUCCGUUCAUAAGAUUGACCAUUUUUAAGGUGAUUAAGGUAAUCGAUACAAUUUAAUGUCAACGUUUUGUAUGUACGAUUUAGCGUGUUAACUGGUAAAGCAGUUCUGUGUAUUACACAAAAAGAAGCAGCGUAUUCGACACGAAUCUACAAGACACAUAUUCCAGACUGGUGCAUGUUACCAUGACAGAAAAACCCAACACAGUACCUGAUAGAAUAAGCUAUAUCGUUUAGAGUGAGACGUAGAAAUGUCAAUGUUAUUACUGUACCUCCACUAUAAUUGUUAUUUAUUGCAUUUUACAUUCAGUAUAUACUUUAGAUGAACACAUUACACACUAGGUCACGCAAUAAUAUAGUCACUACGAGCACAGUAUGAAAACAAUGCUAGCAUUAAUUUGAUCUGCAUAUACUAAAAAGGCGAUCAUAUCUUCAUUCCAUAGAAUUUUACCCCAUUUUCAUAACAAAGUCUUAUUUAAAAGUUUAAUGUAUUAAAACUAUUUCAAAAGUAGUUUUGUUUUAUUCAGAGUAUUAUUCAGAGAGAACGCGUGCGCGCGUAUCACUAUUACCGAUACACUUUACAUUUAAUGAGACAUUUAGUUAAUUAAUUGUGCACCAUGAUUUUACUUAUUUUGUUUACUGAACUCUUACAAAUCUCAUUACAAUAGAUCUAUAUAAUUUACCACAGAUACAUUUUCUACGAAAUAGAAAAAAAUCGUUUUAUUUACACAUAAAUACAUGGAACUUGUUAUAUGUAUUAUAAAUAUAAUUAUGAGAAUUUACACACACACACACACACACACACACACACACACACACACACACACACACACACACACACACAUAUAUAUAUAGAAACGCAUAUAUACAAUAUUGAAUUUAUAUAUUCUUAAACAGUUCUUUCUCUUUCUUUUUCUUUUUUUGUGCAGCAACCUUUACUUGUUACGAAUGUGUUUGAAUGCAUUCAAUGCAUCUGGCUUUUAUGAUUUUAUUUAAAUAAUCUGUUUUGAAUUUGUUAUCAUAUAUAUACAUAUAUAUAUAUAUAUAUAUAAUGUGUAAUAUGCCUGUUACAUUUUAUAUUAUUUCCAUAUUUGUUGAGGGUAUAUAUGUUCACAUGCUUUCUCAUGAACUUUUGUAUUUGUUGAUGGUAUACUUUAGAAAAUCACUUCUAUAGCGUUGACGAUAAUUAAACUGCGGUAUAAUAAUGAGAAAGAGUAGGACGCGAAACCAAUUGUUCCUUUAGUUCAUUACGUAUUGUUAAUAUUAUGCACAUCAGGAAGAUACAUUUUUAUAUUAUUAUACACUUCUGCGCUUCGGGAAAAAAUUAUAUAUAAUUGUAUAGCAGCGUACAAAACACUUGGGAGAAUAAUUUUGAAAGACAGAGCUUUUAAUUGUAUCAAAAAUUGAAUUCAAACAUAAACAAAGAAUUGACUUUAAGGUGUGCGUUGUAUGAGCAGCAGAAAUUAUGCAAUGUUUUUCGAGUUAUUUUACUUUCUUACAUGUUAAAGCUUGUGUCCACGAUACACUCGUUUUGAAUUUUUGGAAAAGAUCACACUUAAAAGCAUAUUUAGAUGUCAUGACUAAGUUUUUAGAAAAUUUAUACUUCUAUAAUUUAUGUAAAUAUCAAAAUAUGGAACCAUUUAAACGCAAACUUUGUUAAAUGUAAUGUACAUCUUCUCUAAACAUUAUUAAUAAUUUAUUAUUUUAAUGUUUUAAUUUCAUUUAGAAAAAAAAAUCUGUGUUGGCAAUCUUUAUUUUAGCAGUUUAUCGUGGACGCAAGAGACCUUGGAUAUAUAUAAUUGGCAGUCGUGUGAAUUUCGUGAGAGAAUGAGUUUACGCUUAUCGGAACUAUCUUCAUCCCAUUUCUUACAUUUAAGUAGCGUAGUGUACUUCCUUUAGCUGUAACGUAUGUUACUCCAGUCAUAUGUACAAUUCUGCUGCUGUAUUCCAUAUCUGCAGUAUCGUAAUAGAAUACCGUAUUAUAAAGAGAGAAA